GACGCUAUUUCAUGUUCAGACUCAGAUGUUUAUUAUUGCUUAUCUAGAUCACAAGUCGUGAGUCCUACAGCAUUCUGCCAACGAGCUACAAAACGGCUAACUAUCGUUCUCUACAAGGUCUUCUAAGGCUAAACUAUCCAAUUAAGAAAUGACACCUAAAUUAUUUUUACUUUCAACCCAAUAGCUAAUCCCUCGUGUCCUGCACUGCAGACUUUUCUGUCCAAUUACACAAAACCACCCAAACCCGUAAAGAAGAAGGAGGAAGAAGGUGAAGAAGAAGGACCAGCCUCUGCCCUAAAACCUCCAUCUUGCUCUACAUAUAUUGCUAUAUUCUAAAACCUUAAACUCUUUAAGUUUUCCACCACAUGAUAUUACACAUUUCUAAUGAAACUACACACCCACAAUCCCAGUGCUGUUAAUCAAUUUUGGAGGCUUUCUCCAUGGCCUCAGGUCAAAUGCAGUGUUCUCUUGUGGGUCUGUGCCUUUCAGCACAGAAAGUUUAAAAUUCUCAGCUUCCAGCAUUCCAACACCUAGACUGAUAUUUUUAUAGCUACAAUUAAUGUCCAUCUUUCAGUUCCCUAAUUUAGCACCUUUCUUGCCUGCUGACAAGAACAUUUGAUGCAGCAAGAAGAGAAUCUGAAAAAUUAGCUGCUGUCUUGUCAGAUAUUAGUUAUUCCCCUGAUCCGGCCUUGAUGUUUAUCCCUCCCUCUUUGAGUUUUCUUAAUUAUUUCUGUCUUGUAUUAAUUUUCACAUAACUCCCUAGAUGUAAGCUUUAUGGUUUAGAAUCUCAACUGCUCAUUCAAUUAAUGGGCUUGCUUAAUGUGCUUAAACUUUCCAGAGAUGCUCGUGACACAUUAUGAGGGAGGGAAAAAAAGAUUCCAAGUAUGCUCCAUCUCAUUUGUGGUACUCCUGAGCCUGAAGUCCAUUUUAAGCUCUUUAUCAGAUUAUCUAGAUUUAUUAUUUUUAUAUUCUCAUGUUCAUUAAGCAUUUAUGUGGAGGAGUAUUCUCUCCAGAAGAGUGACUUUGUUUCCUUUGCCCAUCCCUCAUCACCUGGCUUAGCCCCUCUGUAAAUGAGCAAUUGUAUUUUCAGUGCAUUGAGAAGGAUCUGAGAAGCUGACUUGAAUAUGGCAAAUAUGGAAGGACAGAUCUUUUACUUCAUAUCUGAAAACUCUGUAUGUUUUGAGCAAAACAAAGGAUCUGACAGAGAUUUUCUCUAAUUUUUCUUGGCUCAGUAACCCCUAAUCCCUGUUAAUAUCUGAAAAGAUUUGAGGUAGGUUUGCAGAGGGAACCCAACCUGUGUUUCAGCCUAUUCCCCACUGAAGCCUACAUGAGUUAUCUCAGUAAUUCCAGGAAACCUGAAUUUAAACACGGGCUCAGGCAGGAUCCCUCCGGAUCUGGGUGCCAGAGCCUUGGACAGGUGACACAGAGCAGUCCUGACAGGAGAGCAAAGUGCAUUCCAGGAACACAACCACAUGUUUCUGACAGCUGUGACUCCAUCUUCGUUAAUGGCAAGGAGAUGAAGAGCAAAGUGGACACCAUUGUGAACUUCACCUACCAGCACUUCACCACCCAGCUGGAGGUGACGGUCUGGGUUCCGCGGCUCCCGCUGCAGAUCGAGAUCUCUGACACGGAGCUCAGCCAGGUCAAGGGCUGGAGGAUCCCUGUCACCUCCAACAAAAGGCCCACCCGGGACAGCGAGGAUGAAGAAGAUGACGAGAAGAAAGGCAAAGGCUGCACCCUGCAGUACCAGCACGCCAUGGUCAGGGUCCUGACGCAGUUUGUGGCUGAGUCCUCGGAGUUUGGGGGCCACCUGACCUACCUGCUGGGCUCGGAGUGGCAGUUUGACAUCACAGAGCUCGUGGCUGAUUUCAUGAAGGUGGAGGAGCCCCGGGUUGCCAAGCUGCAGGAGGGCCGGGUGCUGGCUGGGCGUGAGCAAGGCAUCACCACGGUGCAGGUUCUGUCCCCUCUCUCGGAUUCCAUCCUGGCAGAGAAGACAGUGAUAGUUCUGGAUGACAGGGUGACCAUUACUGACCUGGGGGUGCAGCUGGUGUCAGGCUUGUCUGUGUCCUUUCAAAGCAGCAAAGGAAAUAAGAGAGCCAUCGUUGCCACCACCUCUGCCCACGACAUCCUGCGCACUCCCAAACAGGAGGCUGUGGUGAGUGCUUGGGUUUUGUUCAGCGACGGGUCGGUGACGCCCUUGGACAUCUACGACUCCAAGGACUUCUCCAUGUCCAUCACCUCCCUGGAUGAGAUGGUGGUGUCGUCACACCAGAGCCUCCAGUCCCUCUGGCCUGUCGUGGUGGCAGAGGGGGACGGGCAGGGGCCUCUGAUCAAAAUUGAGAUGGUGAUCAGUGAGCCCUGCCAGAAGACCAAGCGCAAGAGCGUUCUGGCCGUCGGGAAGGGAAACGUUAAAGUGAAGUUUGGUCAGAAAGAUUCGGACCAAAAAGGGAGCACCAACGACAUCGAGGACGUGGAGAAAGAUUUUAAAAGCCAUGCCAGCAAUGCUAUAGAGAAAGCUGCAGAACAAGAGAGGACAGCACAAGACUGGUCCAAAAACCACGAGGACGUGGCCGGUCCUGAGGACAAUGCAAACAAAAGCACAACUUUCAUCUCUCCCAUUGAUCAGGAGUCCCUGGAGGAUGGCCAGCUUCAAAAUAACCCAACUGCCUUCACAGGUUUCCCUGCCCAAGUAGAAAUACCAGGAGAAAACAAUCCCAGUGAUCUCUCAUUGACUUCCAGAGGAUUGACAGACCUGGAGAUUGGCAUGUACGCGCUGCUCUGUGUUUUCUGCUUAGCAAUCUUGGUCUUUUUGAUUAACUGCGUGGCAUUUGCUUGGAAGUACAGGCACAAAAGGUUUGCUGUGAGUGAGCAAGGCAACAUCCCCCAUUCCCAUGACUGGGUCUGGCUUGGAAAUGAGGUGGAGCUCCUGGAAAACCCAGUGGACAUUUCGCUCCCAUCAGAGGAGUGCACUACCAUGAUUGACAGAGGGAUGCAGUUUGAAGAAAGCAACUUUCUCCUUAAUGGGAGUUCCCAGAAGACUCUUCAUAAUCAUAUCCUCAGAUCUUCUGAGUACCUUUGUGAAAAAGAAGUUAAAAGUGAACCUAUAAAUCCUUCUGGGCCAAAGCAGAAGCGAGUAAAGUUCACUUCAUAUACAACAAUACUGCCGGAGGAUGGAGGCCCCUACACCAACUCAAUUCUAUUUGACAGUGAUGAUAAUAUUAAAUGGGUAUGCCAAGAUAUGAAUCUUGGCAAUUCCAAGGAACUUAGGGACUAUAUGGAAAGACUGCAAGACAAUAUGUAAAACUACUUUCUUAUGUUUGUAAUCACCUUUAUGCCUUCUGUUUAUGGAUGGUGGAGCAGUCAGUCCAGUCAGCAAUAGGAACAAGACAGCCCAACCCUGGAGGUACUGAGAUGAUAACCUGAUAUCAGAGAGCAGGUACAAGAGGCUGGCUGAGUUAAUCCUGUUUCACCACAAACCAGGAUGUGCCCCUAAAACAGCUCCCUGUAGGUGUUGGAGGUGUCACACACGAUGGCUGUUUCUGUGUACUGCCUGGUACUAGCAAAAUGCUAAUCCAACUGCGCUCAGACUCAGAGGAGACUUCAUUUGUUUGUCAUCUCUCAUGGGAAAUGGUAAAUCAGAAAAGAAAGGGAUGUUUGUUUGCAUUGAUUUUUUUCUAGUCGUCGUCCUUUGUAAAGCACAGUGGACAUUUCUUGCUUACAGCCUGAGAGGAGGCUCACGGAAAAAGGGAUUGGAAUGAAUCUCAUUUUAUUGCCUAUGUGCAAUGCAGCCAAGUAGUCUUAUUAUUUUUUACAGAUAUAAAAAACCCCAUGUGGUUAAUUUCUUCUUAUGUUGUUUGUGAAUUUUAUUUGACUUAGGGAACAUUAAAUAUUUUCUUUGAA